AUGAAACAACGGGCAAUUGAUUUAGGCCGAAUAGACACUACAAUUACUCGUCAGUUAAAAGUAGAGGUAGAGCCUGCCCCUCAAAGAGUUAAUGUGCUAACUCGAGUAUGUUCUGUAGUGAAGUCAUUAGCUAGUCAUGGAUUACCAUUUAGAGGAACUGAAGAAAAGUAUGGAUCUUCUGUUGCUAAUAGUGGUAAUUUUAUUAUGGCAAUGGAAUUAGUUGCAGAAUGUGAUCCUUUUUUGUCUCAGCAUAUAAGUAAAUAUGGGAAUCCAGAUGUAACUCACAUUGACCAACUUUCUUUUAUUAUAAGAUAUGUAUUACCAAUUGGAGAACCAGUGGAACGUUUUAUUGGAUUCAUUGACGAUGCUGGGCAUAAGGCAGAGUCAAGCCAGUCUUAUGAUAACGCCAAAAAUAUGUCUGGCAUAUAUUCCGGUGUCCAAGUAAGAAUUAAAGAUGUUAUUUCCUUAGCUGAUAUUGUUCCCUGUUCCGCUCAUUCGCUAAAUCUCGUUGGAAUGUAUGCUGCUAGUUGUUUUGAACACAACAAAAAGAAAUCUGCUUAUGACUGUAUAAUAUCUAAAUACAGCUUUAUUUUAAAAAUAUAUGAACUAGACCCUUCAGAAAUACGUGAAGAUGCAAAAAAAUUGAGAAAUAUAUAUAAACAAGAUCUAGAUGAAUCUUUUGAAAAUGAAUGUGUUAAUUUUCAAAGUGUAUUGAAAUUAACCAUCAACCUUCCUAAAACGCUACUAAACAUGAAAAGACUUAAUAGUCUUGUAGUUCUAAACAUAGAAGCUACUCUUACAAAGAGCUUAAAUUACUCAGAUGUGAAAAAAACAUUAGUAGCAAAAUAA